AUGGGACCUGUAGUUGCUGUGGCUACAAGCUCCACCCUUCAACCCGGAAGUGGGUGAAGCAGCUUCAAGAUGGCGUCUCCUUCUCAGGGGGGCCCGAUGGCGAUCGCGAUGCGGCUCCGGAACCAGCUCCAGGCCGUCUACAAGAUGGACCCGCUCCGCAAUGAGGAGGAGGUGAAAGUGAAGAUGAAGGAGCUGAAUGAGCACGUUGUAUGCUUCCUUUGCGCUGGAUACUUCAUAGAUGCCACCACCAUCACAGAAUGCCUCCACACCUUUUGCAAGAGCUGCAUCGUGAAGUACCUGCAGACCAGCAAGUACUGCCCCAUGUGCAGCACCAAGAUCCACGAGACGCAGCCGCUUCUCAACCUCAAGCUCGACCGCGUCAUGCAAGAUAUUGUCUACAAGCUGGUGCCUGGCCUGCAAGAGAGUGAGGAGAGGAGGAUCCGAGAGUUCUACCAGUCCCGAGGCCUGGAGCGCGUGAGCCAGCCCAGCAAUGACGACCCUGCCUCUGACCGUGUGGGUCUGCCCUACACCACCUUCGACCACUCACGCGCUCACUACUAUCGCUUUGAUGAGCAUGUCUUGCUGUGUCUGGAGAAACAGAGUGCGGGGAAAGAGAAGAGUAAGCACAUCCUGCAGCACAAAUACGUUCGCUGCUCUGUACGGGCCCAGAUCCGCCACCUCCGCCGGGUUCUCUGCUGCCGGUUAGAGCUGGCCCUGCAACAUGUGCAGGUGCUGUUUAACAAUGAGGUGCUCCCAGAUCACAUGACCCUGAAGCAGCUGUGGCUCUCCCGCUGGUUUGGAAAGCCCGCGCCUCUGCUGUUGCACUACAGCGUGAAGGAGAAGAGGAGGUAGGGGCCCAACGCCAGAGUCCAAGAGAUCUCCCCCGGGGGCAGCCCCCCACUCACCCUCCAACUCUUUAAUUUAAGUCUCCCUGCUGUUCAAUACGGGUUUAUUUUUGGAAUAAAAUCAGUGAAAACCAC